AUGACAACGACGCUCGAGGACUGCGAAAAGUGUCGCCAUAUUGCGGGCGAGCAGAAGCGUCAGUUUCACUCGGAGACAAAAGAAAGGCUUCCCAAAAUCGUCAUAAUAGCAACGGGAGGAACGAUUAUCGCAAAAGGUGUUUCCCCCACGGAAACUACCAAUUAUGAUAUCGGCGCUUUUGGCGUCGAAGAUGUCAUCGGGGGCAUUCGAAGUUUCUGGAAUGGGAAGGCCAAAAUUGUCACCAGGACACCAUUCACUCUGGAUAGUACCAAUCUGGACCUUAGGUAUAAAAUAUGUCUCUAUCACGAACCCAUGGAAGCGAUGGCCGACGAAGAGAUCGUGGGGUCCUUAGUCCUGUUUAGAACAGACGAAAUGUCCGCUACAGCUAAUUUUGAGGAUACCGUCAUACCGGACGGCCCACGUAAACGAAUUGCGUUCACAGGAGCUACAAUGCUGCAUACUGCACUAAGCUCCGAUGGCCGUGGAAAUGUCGUUGCUGCCGUCAAUACAUUGUUGGAUCCGAGUUGGACGGGAGUUGUCAUGGUCAUGAAUGACAUGAUCACGCGCCCUCAAGAAACCAAAAAGGUGCGCAAUCGUUUCGAGCCUGGGCCAGGCACAUAUCUGGGCCAGAUCACAAACUUCGAGCCAAGGCUUGGGCAUACUGAGCGUCUCAAUUUACCAGAGCGUAUAGAUAUCAGUUCAUUAUCGCACGAAGAUCUAGAGGCGGGGUUUCCAGGAGCUGCAAUAGUCCCAGUCACCGUUGACUGCAAUGCAAGUCAAUGGAUAGCUGCCAUCGUCUCCACUGGAGCGAAGAUCAUAGUCAUAAAAGCAUACAGCACUGGAUGGUUGCUAAAUGACUCAAGGGAGAAGAUCGCGAAAUUUGCAAGCCGCGAAGAUCUGGUGGUAGUAGUAACAAGCAGGCAUGGUUCGGCAACUGUGGAAACAACAGGUGUGGAAGGCUUCAUUUCAGGAGGUGACUGGAUGCUAGAUCAGCUCUUGCCCAUAUUACAGCUUUUGGUGAAGCUUGGAUAUACAAAAGAAGGAAUACGGAACAAAAUAACUGCUAUAUGGAGGCCAUUGUAG